AUGACAACUGUACAGGCAUCAAUAAAUAAAAAUGCAUAUCCUUUUUGUCUUCCUGCAUCAUUAAGUCUACCAAAGAAAAAUUAUAGUAAAAUAUUUGAGCAUCAAAGAAAAGAAUUUCGAACAAAUGAAUUAUUAAGGAGAGAAAAAAUGAAAGAAAUGAUUAAAGAGAUUGAGCAGAAUGAAAAAGUGUCAGAAAAGGGAGAGGGUAGUGGGAUUAGAGAUGCUAUGAAGAAUUUACUCAAAAUGGAAAAAUGUUCUAAUUGUAAUAAAGAUAUUAUUCUAGGUACAUUCAUUUACACUUGUGAAUGUUGUGAGGCUAUGUUAUGUGGAGAAUGUAUAAAAAAGAGAAAAUACCAAAAGAAAAAUGAUGAGAUAGUUGAUGUUACUUUAUGUAAAUAUUGUGAUUUUAUUUAUAUUGCUGUUACUGAAGAUGAAAAUUAUAAAAAACAUAUAAAACAAGGAAAUGAAGAUGCUGUUUAUUUAUUAAGAUGUCAAAUUAUUAAUUCAUGUAUUUCUUAUAUGGAAGAAUAUGCUACAUUAAAUUUAUUUAUAAACAGAUUAAUGUUAAACUUAAAACCAAAGAAAGAAGAUGUUAAAAAUUGUCAAGAUGAAAUGAAAAUUGUUAAAGUUAAAACACAAAAAGUGUUAUCACUUGAUGGAUUUGUUGAUGCUUUUGAUCAACCAGAAAGAAAAUCAGACCAAACAGUAUUUAAUAAUAUUGUUAGAAGUAUGAACAUAUUUAAAAGAGAUGUGGUGUUUGAUUCAAUUAAUGAAGUAGUUAUGUGUGAGAAGAUUUUACAAGAAAUAAAUGGAAUACGAGAAACAACACCACAAAUCAUUGGCUUUUCUAAUACUAUGGUACCAAUGACUGGUGGGACAAUUAAAAUCACUUUAACAUCAACAAAAAAUGUUAAAGUAAUGAUUAAUGAAAAGAUAAUACCUUGUACUAUUGAUGGACUAACAAUUAUAGUUAAAAUCCCACCAUCAGUUCCAGGACAAGUUAAUGUUAAUAUCCAGUUAUUAUACAAUGAAACAACAAUCAAUUUACCUGGACCAAUUAUAUAUUAUAACGUCUCAAAAGAUCAACAAGAAAAUUCUUCAAUAUCUAUCAUUGGAUCAAAACAUAAAAUUAGUAUAGUUGAAUGUGAUGAAUCAAUAAGUGAUGAUGUUAGUGAAGAAGAAAUGUGUUCUUCUGAUAACACUUCUAAUGAAGGUAGUGAAAGUUCUGAUGGAGAAGAAAACAUUAUAUUAUUCAGUAAAAACAAAAAAGAAGAAAAACCUAAACAAGAUAUAAUCAAUACACCUCAAACAAAAACUGAAGACAAAGAAAAAUUGACAAUACCUGCUAGAAAAAGUAAAAGAAAUAAUCUCUUUAGAAGAGGAGGAAUUAUUAAAACUGUUAAUUUAAAUGAAACUGAACAAUAUCAACCUCAAAAUGUAAAAACAAUAAAAACAAAUAAUUUCUUAAUGGAUAACUCUAUUGAAAUUACUAUGGUUAGACCAAAAAACAUAAAAAUUAAAGAAAGAGUUAUAUUUACUAUUAAAGGAAGUGGAUUUGGAACAUCUCCAAUGGUAUUUAUUGGAGAUAAAGAAGUAAAAGAAUAUGAAAAACGAAGUGAUAAUUUAAUUAUUGGAUAUUAUCCAAUAAUUGAAGAGUCUGACGUUUAUGAUUUAAAAGUAAAAAAUAGUUUUGGAGGAGAAGAAAUUAAACCAAAAGAAAUUAGAGUGGAAGAUUAA